AUGCCAGUUCUCAGCAUUGAUGCUGAGUCAGAAUCUGGCAUCUCAAAAUCCCAUUGUGGUGAGCUUCCUGUAGAAACCAUGGAGGAAUUGGAGCACACUUGUCCUCAUCCUCGCCUGACUAUAGCAGGACCUGCCCCAUUUGCAGAAGAAACCAGUUGCCAGUGCAGAGCACCUCAUGAAAAAUUAACCAUUGGUCAGGCACAUUUAGGAACACCAGCUGACCGACCUGUCAGGGUUUACGCAGAUGGAAUAUUUGAUCUUUUCCACUCAGGUCAUGCAAGAGCCCUUAUGCAAGCCAAAAACCUGUUUCCAAACAGCUACUUGCUAGUUGGAGUUUGCAGUGAUGAGUUAACUCAUAAGUAUAAAGGCUUCACAGUAAUGAAUGAAACUGAGCGAUAUGAAGCUCUCAGGCAUUGUCGUUAUGUGGAUGAAGUCAUCACAGAUGCCCCAUGGACUCUAACUCCAGAGUUCUUAGAAAAACAUAAGAUAGAUUUUGUGGCCCAUGAUGACAUCCCAUAUUCUUCAGCUGGUUCUGAUGAUGUGUAUAAACAUAUAAAAGAGGCAGGUAUGUUUGUGCCAACGCAAAGGACAGAAGGCAUCUCCACAUCAGACAUAAUCACUAGAAUUGUACGUGAUUAUGAUGUUUACGCCAGAAGAAACCUCCAGAGAGGCUACACGGCAAAGGAACUAAAUGUUAGUUACAUCAAUGAGAAAAAAUACAGGUUCCAAAACCAAGUAGACAAAAUGAAAGAAAAGGUAAAAAAUGUUGAAGAAAAAUCAAAAGAAUUUGUUUACAAGGUGGAAGAAAGGAGUCACGACCUUAUUCAGAAGUGGGAAGAGAAGUCAAGAGAAUUUAUAGGAAAUUUCCUGGAGUUAUUUGGACCUGAUGGGGCCUGGAAGCAGAUGUUCCAGGAACGCAGUGGACGAAUGCUUCAAGCCCUAUCUCCAAGACAGAGCCCAGCUAGCAGUCCCACACGUGAAUGCCCCCCGUCACGCUCUCCCUCUCCCACCUUACCAUGGGAUCUUAACAAGCCUACUCCACCUUCUUCUCCAAAAGGUGCUUCUGCCUCUCUCAGCAGCAUGAGUGAGGGAGAUGAAGAUGAAAAGUAA